UCUGCGGUGGCGGCUAUGCUCCAUGUCACCCGUGGUUGUCUGUACCGCACUUAAAUAUAUAGGUGUCAUUCCUCCUCCUCCUCCUCCUCCUCCUCCAGUCCUCAUCGAUUAUGUCAUAAUCCAUUCACUCUUUCCCUUUCCCUCACUUCUCUUUUGAAAGUCACUCUCCACAGCUCUCCUUUUCCCUUAUUAUUCCAAAAUCUCUCCGUCAGUCAUUAGCUUAAUCACAUAGUCGUACGCAUAACUAAAUGCCGCUAAACGGAGCGGAAGGUGCCAUCUGGGCACUGCUAUGUCUCGCCGCUCUCUUCUCCAUGGCCGUCGCUGAAGAUCCCUACAGAUUCUUCGAAUGGAAUGUCACUUACGGCGACAUUUACCCUCUCGGUGUUCGCCAAAAGGGAAUACUCAUAAAUGGACAGUUCCCGGGGCCAGACAUCCACUCCGUCACCAAUGAUAAUCUCAUCAUCAACGUCUUCAACAGCUUGGACGAGCCGUUCCUCCUCUCCUGGAACGGAAUCCAACAAAGAAGGAAUUCAUUUGAGGACGGAGUGUAUGGAACAACCUGCCCAAUUCCACCGGGGAAGAACUUCACCUACAUUCUCCAAGUCAAGGACCAAAUCGGAAGUUUCUACUACUUCCCAUCUCUCGCCUUCCACAAGGCUGCCGGCGGCUUCGGAGGCAUCCGAAUUCUCAGCAGGCCCAGAAUUCCCGUCCCUUUCCCUGAUCCUGCCGGUGAUUACACUGUUCUUAUUGGUGAUUGGUACAAGGCUAAUCACACGACCUUGAAGGCUCAUCUGGACCGUGGUAAGAAGCUACCCCUCCCUGAUGGAAUCCUUAUCAACGGCCGCGGUCCUGGUGGAUUCUCUCUUAAUUUUGAGCAAGGAAAAACAUACAGGCUCAGAAUUUCAAACAUUGGGUUGCAAAAUUCCCUCAACUUCCGCAUUCAAAACCACAAAAUGAAGCUGGUAGAAGUAGAGGGAACACACACCCUCCAAACCACCUACUCAUCCCUUGAUGUACACGUUGGCCAAUCUUACUCCGUUCUUGUAACAGCUGAUCAGCCCGGACAAGACUACUACCUUGUAGCUUCCUCUCGUUUCACCUCUCCAAUCCUCACCACAACCGGCACUGUCCAUUACGCCAACUCUGCUGGCAAAGUCUCUGGCCCACCCCCUGGUGGACCUACCAUCCAAGUCGACUGGUCUUUGAACCAAGCCCGCUCUAUCAGGACCAAUCUUACAGCAAGUGGACCGCGGCCAAACCCACAGGGCUCAUACCACUAUGGACUGAUCAAUUUAACCAAAACUUAUGUGCUACAAAAUUCCGCUGGUCAAGUGAACGGUAAGCAAAGAUAUGGGGUGAACAGCGUGUCGUUUGUUCCAGCAGACACUCCCUUGAAGCUCGCGGACUACUUCAAAAUUGGAGGAGUUUUCCGUGUUGGAAGCAUCUCCGACAGGCCUACUGGUGGGGGAUUGUACCUUGACACCUCGGUACUGGGUGCUGAUUAUAGAGCAUUCGUCGAGAUUGUGUUCCAAAACAACGAAGAUAUAAUUCAGAGCUGGCAUUUUGAUGGUUACUCUUUCUUUGUUGUUGGUAUGGAUGGAGGGCAGUGGACAACGGCUAGCAGGAGUGCGUAUAAUCUCAGAGAUGCGGUUUCACGUUGCACCACUCAGGUGUAUCCCAAGUCGUGGACGGCUAUAUACAUUCCGCUAGAUAACGUGGGAAUGUGGAACUUGAGGACAGAGUUUUGGGCACGACAGUACCUUGGACAACAGUUAUAUCUGCGUGUUUAUACUUCAUCCACUUCAAUUAGGGAUGAAUACCCUAUUCCAAGGAAUGCGCGGCUAUGUGGCAGAGCAAGCGGCCGGCGCACACGACCCCUGUAAACUCUAAACUAGGAGUGAGUGAAGGGCCUCUGCGAUGGAGUUUUAGCUCUAGCUGAUGAAGAUAGAACAACAGUCCACUCGACAUGUUGCUUCAAAUUUGAUUUUUCAGGGGUGCUGUUUGAUUACGAUAUAUAAAUUUAUGUCAAAGACCUCAGCUCGAGGUCACAUUAAUUCUUUACUAUAACAGAUUGAUUGUAUUCCUUUUGUUAGUGUACCAGGUUUUCGUAUGCCUAAUUAGUAAUUAUCAUCAGGUUGGGUGACCCUCCUGUCCUCAA